CUAUUUGUAAAUGCAUCUUUGAUUUAUGAACAAUCUUUGUUUGCUUAUUUUUUGCCGGUGAUCACAUUUAACAAAACACGGUUUGCAUCAGUCCGCGCUCCAUCUCAAACAAAUACUUGUGGUGAAACGCUUGAAAGGUCUGGAUUGGCUGAGUGUGAUCAGCUGAAGCGGUGCGUCAGUGCGAUCCUAAAAGCAGCUACAACUCACAGCCACAGCAGCAAACGCUCUUCAAACCAAAUUAUACCUACAUAGACUGCUUUCCGAAGCUCACCGCGUAAAAUAUCGGUAAUUAGCUUUCAUUACAAAAGCGCUUUGGUUGAUUUCAUUUGCCUGAGGACGCUGGAUAUGGAGCUGGCUGGGUCUGAAUAACAAACGCGGACAAAGCGGAUCAGCUUGAGCCGAGAUGAGCGCCACUAUGAGCGGCUCUGGGUCAGCGCCCUGCCGCUUUGCACAUUACUUUGUUAUAUGCGGAAUAGACAACGAAACGGGUCUAGAACCCGAUGCAUUGGCAGCUUUGUACCAAUGGCUAGAGGCCGAUCGUCAGGGCAGGGACCCAGAGGCUGUGGCAGCAGGGGAAAACUUUGAUCAGAGCCCCCUCAAAAGGACCUUCAAGUCCAAAGUGCUUGCCCACUACCCAGAGAACAUCGAGUGCAACCCAUUUGACCAGGAUGCUGUUAACAUGCUCUGCAUGCCCAAAGGUCUGUCAUUUCGAACACAGCGUGACAGUCGAACGCCACAGUUCCACUCUUUCCUCAUCACGAGAGAAGACGGAUCUCGCACUUACGGUUUCGUCCACACCUUCUACGAGGAGGUGACCAGCCCUCAGAUCUGCUCCGCCAUGCAGACGCUACACCAGAUGCACCAAGCAGAGCAUAAUGCAUCUGCCCACAACUGCCCUUCGUCGUCGUCCUCUUCCUCAUCAUCCUCAUCCUCCUCUAGUAUGGACUCUUUAGCCAGCAGCCUGGAUGAAGUUGAGUCUCCCUCCUCGACAUCCUCCUCACAAGGGGCCCGCAGGAGCUGUGGCUGCUCCAGCGAAGGCUACGACUCUGUUCGCGACACUCUGUAUGUGUCCAAAGCUAUCUGUCUAAUCACGCCCAUGCCCUUCAUGCACGCCUGUAAACGCUUCCUGUCCCAGGUGCACCGUGCUGUCAUCUCCCAUCAGCCGCCCCCACUUCCUUUGGAAAGCUACAUCUACAACAUCCUCUAUGAAGUACCUUUACCGCCACCCGGACGCUCUUUAAAGUUCCACGGAGUGUAUGAACCUGUCCUGUGCCAGAGGCCUGGUGUCGGGGAGCUGCCGUUGGCUGACUUCCCACUGAGUGAGGCCUUCCGGUUGUUGGGAGUGGAAAAUCUGGUGCAGAUUUUUACUUGUGUCCUACUGGAGAUGCAGAUCCUUCUCUACUCACAAGAUUACCAGAGGCUCAUGGUGGUUGCGGAGGGAAUCACAACAUUGCUGUUCCCGUUCCAGUGGCAGCAUGUGUAUGUACCCAUCCUUCCCGCAUCUCUUCUGCACUUCCUGGACGCACCUGUGCCGUAUCUCAUGGGCCUGCAGUCCAAAGAGGGCACGGACCGCUCCAAACUAGAGCUGCCUCAAGAGGCGAACCUGUGUUUUGUUGACAUCGAUAACCAUUGCAUUGAGCUGCCUGAAGACUUCCCUCAGUUUCCUAACAAGACUGAAUUCAUCCAGGAACUCAGUGAGGUUUUGCUAAGUUUUGGGCUGUCUCCUGAGGGGGGCAACACGUCCCCUGAACCGGCUAUCAGCACGCAGACCUCCACGCUGGAAAAGGAGCUAAAGAGCACAUCCCUGAGUGAGUUAGUGGAUGACAAGAAGAACGGCAACCUUGGUGGAGAGGCGCUGGAUGUACUGGAACUUCUUCAGGGCAAUCCGACUCUAGAACGUCUGCAGGCUCUGGCUAAACGAACUGGUGUGAAAGUGGCCCGUUUGGAGGCAUUGGCAGCAGGGCAGAAAGCCGUAGGCGAGGAGGGCGUGGGAGGAAGGUCUCCAGCCGAGGAAGAGGAGCUGAGGAAUGCAAAACUGAAUGUGCAGUUGAGGGAGGUGUUCGCUGCACGCUUUGCGACAAUGUUUGCAGACUACGAGUCGUUUGUGAUUCAGAACUCGCCGGAUUUAGAGUCCUGGCUGACGAACAGAGAGCAAAUGCAUAACUUUGACAAGGCCUCGUUCCUUUCUGACCAGCCGGAACCGUACUUGCCCUUCCUGUCCCAUUUCAUCGAAACGCAAAUGUUUGCCACCUUCAUCGACAACAAGAUCAUUUCUCAGUGGGAAGAGAAAGAACCGCUCCUUCGAGUGUUUGACGGGCGCAUUGAGAAGGCCCGUCUCUACAAUGUUCGCGCACCCAGCUUGCGCUCAUCUGUUUACCAGAAAUGCACUUUCCUCAAAGAGUCGGCCCAGGCCAUAGAGCAGCGGCUGAGAAAGAUCGAUCACACAGCCAUCCAUCCUCACUUGCUGGAUAUGAAGAUUGGCCAGGGAAAAUACCAGCAGGGCUUCUUCCCCAAACUACAGGCUGAUGUGCUUGCCACAGGGCCCACCAACAACAAGUGGUCCAAUCGCACAUGCUCAACUCAGCGCAGGGUAGAUCGUCACAGACAGCACAACGACCAUCUUGUGCUGGACAACGACCUCAAAGAGGUGGAGGGGUGUUUGCUCCUGCAGAACUCUAUGGCUUUCUGGGAGUGGGAUAAGGCGCCACCCCCACCUAUUAAACCGCCUAAAAAGUCCUUCUCGGCCUGCUGUCUGAAGUACAUGCAGGAGGCCCGUAACCUGGGGAAGAACCUGAGACAACCCAAAUUAUCAGAUCUGUCCCCUGCGGUCAUCGCUCAGACCAACUGGAAGUUUGUGGAGGGUUUACUGAAAGAAUGCAAAAUGAAGACCAAGCGUAUGUUGGUGGAGAAAAUGGGCAGAGAGGCCGUUGAACUGGGACAUGGAGAGGCAAACAUCACCGGCCUAGAGGAGAACACGCUUAUAGCCAGUCUAUGUGACCUCCUGGAGAGAAUAUGGAGCCACGGUCUACAGGUCAAACAGGGAAAGUCUGCACUAUGGUCUCAUUUACUGCACUACCAGGCGAGAGAAGAGAAAAAUGAACAGCUGUCGGAGUCUCCAGUGUCUAAUGGCCAGGAAAAACGGAAGCCAGAAGCCAGUGUUGGACUUCCUUCAUUACGUGUAUCAGUCAUACAGGAUAUGAGACACAUCCAAAACAUGGGAGAGAUUAAAACCGAUGUAGGUCGAGCACGUGCCUGGAUCCGUCUGUCCCUGGAGAAAAAACUACUUUCCCAGCAUCUCAAACAGCUGCUGUCUAACCAGGCCUUAACCAAGAAGCUGUACAAGCGUUAUGCCUUCUUGCGCUGCGAAGAGGAAAAAGAACAGUUUCUCUUUCAUCUCCUGAGCCUGAAUGCUGUGGACUAUUUCUGCUUUACCAGCGUCUUCACCACCAUAAUGAUUCCAUACAGGGCUGUUAUCAUCCCCAUCAAGAAGCUUAGUAACGCAAUGACGACGUCCAACCCCUGGCUGUGUGUGUCCGGCGAGCUGGGCGACUCCGGCAUCCUGCAGAUCACGAAGAACGUUCUGGAAAUGACGUUUGACUCUGCCUUUAGGCCUCACACGCACAUCUCCAUCGCCUUCAAGUGUCAGAACCUCGGGAAGUUGACAACAGUGCAGCUGGGUCAUGAUAAUUCUGGCUUGCUUGCCAAGUGGCUGGUGGAUUGUGUCAUGGUCCGCAAUGAGAUCACCGGGCACACAUACAAAUUCCCAUGCGGCAGGUGGCUGGGGAAGGGUGUGGAUGAUGGCAGUCUAGAGCGAGUUCUGAUUGGUGAAUUUGUAGUUCCGUGCAACGAUGAUGACAGUGGUCGAGGGUCUAAGACUCCACCUCUUCAGCGUUCACCUUCCCAGAUUCGACGAAUCAGCAUCACAUCACUUACAGGACGUGGAAACAAACCAACAACUGUACAGAUACAGGAAUCCAUCGGUGAAGCAGUUAACAAUAUUAUAAAGCAUUACCACAAACCAGAAAAAGAGAGGGGCAGUCUUACAGUCCUACUGUGUGGAGAAGGUGGUCUUGUGUGGGCACUGGAGCAGUUUUUUCAGCAUGGAUUCCGCUCAGCUCGAAUCUUUCAGAAAAAUGUCUUUGUAUGGGAUUUCUAUGAGAAAGCAGUAGCGUUUAUGGAGAAUGCAGAUCAGAUUGGAGACCUGCAAGAAGCACCAGAGCCUCUAGGUCUGAAUUGUGAAUCUUUCUGUCGAUACGUCAAUGCCAUUAACAACAUGCCACGAAACAUUGGCAAGGAUGGCAAGUUCCAGCUCCUAGUUUGCCUCGGGGCGAGAGACCGACUGUUGCCGCAGUGGCUCCCUCUACUGGCCGAAAGCCCCGUCGUCACACGCAUGUAUGAGGAGAAUGCAUUACUGCGAGACAAACUCACCGUCAGUUCUCUCGUCGCAGUUUUGGAAACCCUCCAUGACUUCCCCAUCACACUGGAGAGCUCUCUAACUAAAAGCGUUGAGCUCUAACUCCACAUGCUGAGGUCAAAUUCAAACUGCUGCCACCCUCAGGGCCAAAGCGGCUCUACAAGUGACUCUGCCUUGACCAGGGAAGGACUGACGACUUAUCGAAGCAUCUCUCAACACGACCCCCAAAGAAAUGAACUCGGAAAUGUGUUUUGUAGCAGUAUUUGGAGUUGUCCUCUAUCUAACAGAAAGCGUCGAUGGCUUUCUUGAGAGGACUAUGUUUUUUCCUGUGGAUUUUCCUUUUAAACCUGUGGUCAUUUCCACGCACGUCUGUCUGCGAGUCGAAUUCGCUAGCGCUUCUGCUUCAGAUCAUGUGCAGUCUUUAGAAGCACUGUAGGAGCUGUUUUUUGCAAAGAUACAGAGGAGCCUUAGUCUUUACAGAUAUGUUCAACAUCAUUUGACAGGCAAAUUGAUUAUACUUGAGGAAUUCGAAUUCGAAUCAAGUGGUUAUAAUGACUUGAAUUUUAUCUGUAAAUCGAUGUCUGGGUGUUCAAACCAGAUUCUUCAUAUUGGAUAGUCCAAACUUAGGAGUAGUUCACCAAAAAAUAAACAUUUUGUUAUCAUUUACUCACCCUCAUGUCGUUCCAAACCUGUUUGGGUUUCUUUAUUCAAAGAAGAUACUUUGAAGAACUGAACAGUUGUUAGUCCCCAUUGACUUCCGUAGUAGGGAAAGAAAUUUGAAAGAAGUUUGACUAUCAGCAGUCUUCAAAAUAUCUUCUUUUAUGUUCAACAUAAGAAAGACACUCAUACAGGUUUGGAAGGACAUGAGGGUGACUAAUUAAUGACAUUAUCAUCAAUAUUUUUUGGUGAACUGUCCCUUUAAGAGUGGUUAAAAGCCUGUCAAAUGAAUUUUCAGAGAAACAGGACAUUCCAACAAGAUGUGAAUCGCUGUAUGUUACAAGAUGUGUUUAUAUGUGUGAUAGUAAUGUGUGUGUGUGGCUGGUUUAUCAGAUUAACAUUUGGGAAGAUGUGUUUAUUUUGCCAAUGAGUAUUAACUUCAUUAGAUACUUCAGUAUCAUGUUUGAAUUUUUUAUUUUUAAGAAAACACUGGAAAUCAUCGUAAAGCAAUAACAAGCUUCUUUCAGAUCGUUUGUGCUUUUAAACUUACAUUCACAGUUAAAAUCUCUCAAAUAUUACCGUUACUUGUAGGGUGCUUUAUAUAAAUAUAAAGUAAAAACCCUAGUAUUUACCACUAACUGAAGGUUUAAAUGCAGCAAUUACUUUGUAAAUCCAUGUUUGAUUACUGCAGUUCUUGCACCUUGCUUAGAAAUUAAGAAGUAUUGUCUUUAAAUGAUCCUCUAUUCUUUGAUGCAUCGGUUUUACUCCUGAAUCCCUUCGGAGAGAAAAGUAGUAUUUACAAGAGAAGACGGGAUGAAUAACAGCUUUGAAUCACUUAAUGUUACUUAGUUUUGGUUUUUAGACUCUCAGCUGUGUUAGCACGUCAACCUGUGUAUUUUAUUUCCUUCUUUUUUUAUAAUGACUCGGAUCAUUUGUACGUAUUUAUUUUCAAAUGAUGCUUUCGUGACACUGGUUGAUUUUGGAUUAACUUAAUCUUUGGGUGACUUACGCAGCUGACACUGUAUCAUUUAUUUAUUUUAGGUAAUCUACUUUCAGUCUUUAUAUAGUAUGAAAUGUCCAUCUUGUGUGAACCUCAUUUUAGGCCCCUAAAGUUGCUGAAAUCCCAGAGAAUCCUCUCAUUGGAGGGAUGAGGAAGCCGCAGGAACUGUCCUUUUGUUUGCGGUGCUGAUGCAUGCCACAUGUUUUAGAUCUUGGAGAAGUACUUUUGCUGUAAAUGAAUUCGUUCCUCUUCUAGAUUUUCUCAUUCCAUCUGGUUUUUCCCUGUAUGAAAGCUUCUCAACAUCAUCAUGUUAUAAAAAGCUCUUUGUCUAAAAUGGGUUUCUCUAUCAUGUUUAUAUUCGUGAAGCAACUCAUUAAAAUUGCUCCGUUCAUUCA